UUCAAGAGUCAGUGUGACAAGACCGUGGUCGAAAGCACACGAAACAAUGCAUCAUUAGAUGUCUCUGACGCAACAAUUCUGAGGUUUUUGCGCUCUGUGAAUUUUGAUGUUGAUCGUGCCCUUUCUCGUUUCUGUAUCGCGGAGCAGAGGAGAAACAAACAUGGUCUUGAAUUGUUUUACCAAAAUGUGGAUAUUUCGUUAUAUGAAAUGUCAAGGAAAAUGGUGAGCAGCAAAUUUUCACUACCGAAUUUGUUUGUUUCUUGUUACUAA